UACAACUGUUUACAUCGGGGACUGAUUGCAGUUCCCUUGUCCACAAUGGGAAAAGGACGAUUUAACGCAAGAGCCCGGCAAAAUGUCGAAACAAUUGUUGACAAUUCACAAACGUCGAAGAUUAAAGUGGAAAUCGGCGACGACAGCGGCUAUGGAGGUUACGAUCAGGCAAACGCCCUAGUCCUGCCAUCAAAGAAACGGACAACGAAAAUUAAGGAGAAAACCCAGCAGGUGACACGGAUCCUGUCGAAGAAACAAAGGAAGCGGCUGGAGAAGAUUGUCGACAAGAAGAAGAAAAAGGAAGGACGGGCAGAACUCCUCAAGAACCUUGCGUCUGUGCAAAUAUCCAACGAUGAGCUCAAACAGUACACUUCGAUCAGCGCCAUACAAACCAUCGGCGUCAAAAACUUCGAAAAGAUCACGGAAAUCGUCACAAAAGUGAAGGAAAAAUCGGAAGGAGAUAGGCCCCAACGCGUGAGCAGUAUCGCUGGCAUCAGUAGGAAGCGGAGAUUGGCCCUUCUGAAUAACUACAACGAGGCCGAGAGCAGCGACGAGGAAACCAACAAAAAGCCAAGGAACCUCAACAUUGUGGGCACCGAGGUGGAAAGCAGCGACGACACCGAAAGCGAAGAUGACGCCAGUGAAGCGGAGGAGGACAAGGAGGUGGCAUCCGAAAACGAAGCGGUCCAAAGUCAAAUCACUACCCAAGUGGCCGAACCGCAGCUUGACAAAAGCAUUAAAGAGGAAGAUGUGACCCAAAGCAAGUCGCAGAAGCAGCCCCAGACACCCCAAACUGAAAAAAAUGAGUCUAAGCCACUAAAGCCUUCGGUGGUUAGUCGCAAGCCCGCUGUCUACGUCCACGUUGACCGAGACGCAACGAUCCAAGCCGCCCGCCUCAAGCUACCAAUCCUGGCCGAGGAACAGCAAAUCAUGGAAACCAUUGCCGAAAAUCAGAUCGUCAUCAUCGCGGGUGAAACGGGCAGCGGUAAGACGACUCAGGUGCCGCAAUUCCUUUACGAGGCCGGCUAUGCCCAGAACAAGUUGAUCGGAAUCACAGAACCGCGUCGAGUCGCGGCCAUCUCAAUGUCCAAACGUGUCGCGGAGGAAAUGAACCUUUCCGAGCGCGAGGUUUCGUAUCUAAUCAGAUUCGAGGGAAAUGUAACGGAAGACACGAAAAUCAAAUUCAUGACGGACGGCGUGUUGCUCAAGGAAAUCGAAAGUGAUUUCCUCUUGAACCGCUACUCGGUCGUCAUUCUUGACGAGGCGCACGAACGGAGCGUCUACACAGACAUUCUGAUUGGUUUGCUGUCAAGGAUAGUUCCUCUGCGCCACAAGAAGGGGAAUCCCUUGAAGCUGAUAGUCAUGUCGGCAACACUACGUGUUGAAGAUUUUACCGGCAACGCUAAACUAUUUAAGAUCCCUCCCCCAGUUUUGAAGGUAGAGGCGCGACAGUACCCAGUCACUAUACAUUUUCAGAAACACACAGUCGAGGACUACGUGAAGGAAGCUUACCGCAAAACCGUUAAAAUCCAUUCGAAACUACCUGAGGGCGGCGUGUUGAUAUUCGUUACAGGCCAGCAAGAGGUCAACUACUUAGUCCGUAAGCUGCGAAAGGCUUUCCCCUACAAGGAAAGUCUAAACUCGCGAAAGACAGAGCCCACCCAAUCAAAAGCGACAACCACAGCAGAAGACAAGGACGACGACGAAUUCGAUAUGAAGCGCGCCAUCAAGAACGUAAAACGGUCCAAGAAGAAAUUGGCCUCACAAGUGAUCCUUCCAAAAAUCAAUCUAGACAGUUACAAGCUACCAUCCGAAGACACUGAUGCCGAUUUGCUUGAGAACGACGACUGCAGACUAGAAGAAUCCGACCUGGAGAACGACGACGACGAUCUCACCAUGGAGACAGAACAGAGGACAAAACAACCACUUUGGGUGCUACCGUUGUAUUCGCUACUUUCUUCUGAGAAACAAAGGCGAGUGUUUGCCCCGCCACCCGAAGGGUGUCGUCUGUGCGUGGUGAGUACGAAUGUUGCCGAAACUUCACUUACCAUACCCAACAUCAAAUAUGUCGUGGACUCGGGUCGGCAGAAGACAAGACUGUACGAUAAAGUGACGGGUGUGAGUGCCUUCGUUGUCACCUUCACGAGUAAAGCUUCAGCAGAUCAGCGUGCAGGUCGCGCUGGACGUGUAAGCGCAGGCCAUUGUUACCGACUCUAUUCGAGUGCCGUUUUCAAUGAUGAAUUCGAACCAUUCGCAGUCCCCGAUAUUCAGAAGAAACCAGUCGAUGACCUAAUGCUGCAAAUGAAAUGCAUGGGCAUCGAUAAAGUGAUUAAUUUCCCGUUUCCUUCGCCGCCGGAUUUUACACAAUUGGAAGUAGCCGAAAAGAGACUAAAGAUGCUUGGAGCUCUGGAGGACUGCAAGACUAAGGAGAGCGGGGGACAAGUUAUCAGCAAAGUUACUCCCCUGGGCCAUGCCAUUUCAGCAUUCCCAGUUUCUCCCAGAUUUGGCAAAAUGUUAGCCCUCAGUCAUCAACAGAAUUUACUACCGUACACGGUUUGCAUGGUAGCUGCCUUGUCCGUACAGGAAGUUCUGCUGGAAGUUUCACUGAAUGACGAAAAUGAUGCAAAUCGGUCGCAAAGUUCAAAAUGGAGCAGUAAACGGCGCACAUGGGCUGGAUCAGGUAAUUACCAACUCUUAGGUGAUCCAAUGGUUCUCCUGCGUGCUGUUGGGGCGGCCGAAUUCGCCGGAUCACAAGGAAAACUGGAACAAUUUUGCGAGGAGAAUGGUUUGCGAAUGAAAGCAAUAUCGGAAAUACGAAAAUUGCGAGUUCAACUCACGAAUGAAAUCAAUCUGAAUAUUCCUGAUGUGAACUUGUCAGUGGACCCGAAAAUGGAGCCACCUACCGACCUUCAAGCAAAGUUCCUCCGUCAAAUUCUUCUUUCCGGAAUGGGAGAUCAAGUCGCCCGGAAAAUUCCUGACGACGAGCUAAAGGACAAAGAGGACAAGCGAAAAUUCAAGCAUGCAUAUCAAUGCAGCGAAAUGGAGGACCCGGUUCUCGCACAUUCUGCAUCUGUCCUGAAGAAGAAACAACCCGACUGGGUGGUGUAUCAGGAGAUCUACCAACUCGAGAAUGGAGACACGAAAAAGAUGUUCAUGCGAGGAAUCACUGCCAUAGAACCUGAAUGGCUUCUUACCUACGCACCGAAGUUAUGCAACAUAAAGGCUGUGAAAGAAGACCCCUCACCCCGAUAUAAUGCGAAAGAUGGUAAAGUUUAUUGUUAUGUGGAGGCCAGCUUUGGACGAAGCGGCUGGGAGUUGCCGUUGACUGAGAUUGAAAUGCCUCUGAGCGAAAAGGCGUGCAAGUAUUUCGGAAUGUUCAUUUUGAGUGGCGAAGUUUUCCCGAAGCUCUCGGAGUACAGGAAAAAAUUGAAAUCUAGUCCAACAUCGAUCAUUAAGAGCUGGUCGAACCUGAAUAAUUAUCUAACGAACUUUAGCAAGGCGUUGAUCAGUCAGCAGAUCAACUCACGGGAAAAACUGAUUGAUAUUUGGAAAAAGGAUCCGAUGUAUUUACUUCAUCAAUACUCAGAUUUGGUUUCUGAUGUCGACUAUUACGAACUGUCCUCGAUAUGGCCGCCAAUUGAUAAGUAAUCCUAUCAAACGAUCAUUGUUAUGUGAUUAGGAAUUUUUAUUAAAAGUCUAAAAUUA